UGGCAGUGUUUAGCCGGUUGGUAUCACUUUUUCUCUCGAGUCGCUCGUUGACGAGUCGUUUUGUUUCUCUUUGUUUGAGUCCGCGGGCUGACUGUUCAAACUGGCGUACAGAACUCGUUUGAGAAAAGCGAGCAGAAAGCGAGAAGAGAAGAAAAAGAGAGCGGCGAGGAGCAAGAUGAGAGGUGUCGAUAGAAAGGCGACUCCUUCAUAAAUCCGUGUGAGAAGCGAAUCUUAAGAAAAGAAGAGCAGACACUUGGGGGAAGAGACGAGUUUUACACAGAACAUGGCCUCCACCAAAGAACACAGCAUGGAUGAAAGACUGGCACAUAUUAAAGAAGAGGACUGUGAGUGGGGUGCUACAGAAGGUGCCUGUGUGAAGUCGGAGGCUUGUGAAGGGAGAAUUACAUUUUUGGAAGAGGAAGAGUGCAAGGGGGAGAUGACUGAAGUUAAAGUGGAGGAGUUUGGGAGAUCUCUCCGUUAGUCUUGAGCUGCAAAACCUCAAGACUGGGAAUGUUUUCAAACAGGAGCUUUUUGAAGACUCUCAUUCAAGUUUACAGCAUCGGGUCACUGACACGGAAGAACUGGCUACCCAGCAGAAUUCUGUGGAACUGAAAUCAGAGUUUUCCAACUCUGAAGAGGAAAUCAGUAAAGGAAGCCAGAAAGAAGAAGAGCAGACGUCAUCUAAGAAUGUGGGAAUGAAUUUUCAAGAGAAUGUCAGCUUAUCAUUGUCUUCAUUUGCUCGGACCUCAACUCAGUUCACACUGCAAAAGAAACGGGACAAGCAAAAGAUGAAGAAAUCAACAAGAGGAUCUGAGAAUAUGACCGCAGCAUCUCUUCCUGUGAAAAAAGCCAUCAGUUCUGACCAACAACAAGGCCAGAGCACAGAUCCAGAUGCUUUCUAUGCUGGUCGAGAGUGCAGACAGACUUUUAAAAAUGAGUCUGACUGUAAAGAUAACAAGUCAAUUCAAACAAGACCAAAGCCGUAUUGCUGUUCUGAAUGUGGUAAACGAUUCCUCUAUGAGAGCAGGUUUCAGGCACACAUAAGAAAACAUGCUGAAGAAAACCCUCAUUGCUGCUCUGAAUGUGGAAUGCAGUUUUUUAACAGUUACACUCUCCAGCUCCAUGAAAGAAUCCAUACUGGAGAAAAGCCAUAUGAGUGUGCUGAAUGUGGAAAAAAAUUCAUUAAAAGUAGCCGUUUGCAGAGGCACAAAAGAAUUCAUACUGGAGAAAAGCCGUAUUGCUGUUCUGAAUGUGGCAAAAGAUUUGUCUAUGAGAGCUGGUUUCAGGCCCACAUAAGAAAACAUGCUGAAGAAAACCCUCAUUGCUGCUCUGAAUGUGGAAAGCAGUUUUUUAACAGUUACACUCUCCAAAUCCAUAAAAGAAUCCACACUGGAGAAAAGCCAUUUGAAUGUGCUGAAUGUGGAAAAAGAUUCAUUAAAAGCAGCCGCCUUCACAGCCACAAAAGAAUUCAUACUGGAGAAAAACCGUAUUGCUGUUCUGAAUGUGGCAAACGAUUCAGCAGAAGUUGCCAUCUUCAGAGACACACAAGAAUUCAUACUGGAGAAAAGCCGUAUUGCUGUUCUGAGUGUGGAAAGCAAUUUUUUUACAGUUCCUGUCUCCAAGUCCAUAAAAGAAUCCACACUGGAGAAAAGCCAUAUGGGUGUAUUGAAUGUGGAAAGCGAUUCAUUAAAACUAGCCACCUUAAGAGCCACUCAAGAAUUCACACUGGAGAGAAGCCAUAUUGCUGCUCAGAAUGUGGCAAACGAUUUACCACGAGUAGCCAUCUUCAGAGCCACUCAAGAAUUCAUACUGGAGAGAAGCCGUAUUGCUGCACUGAAUGUGGCAAACGAUUCACCAUCAGUGGCCAUCUUCAGAGACACAGAACAAUCCAUACUGUAGAAAAGCCCCAUUGUUGUCCUGAAUGUGGCAAAGGAUUCAAACAUAACAGCAGUCUUCAGACACACACAAAAAUUCAUCUACGACAAAAAUGAGAAAUGAAGCAAAAUGACACCUUUUAUUGGCUAACUGAACAGAGUGCAACAUGCAAGCUUUCGAGGCAGCUCAGGCCCCUUCUGAAGGCAAGUUGAGAAUUUGCUGCAAAUUAAAGGGAAUGAGAGCUGUAUUAGUACAAUUAAACUGCCAUGACUUAAAAGUUCCUUCUGGUUUGAUUAAAUAUUCCAAGAUCUAUUUAACAAAUAGUAAAGAAAAUUUGAAUUUAGUCCUCAAAGAAAUUGUAAUAAAGAAGCACACUGCUUAAGCAAAUUACGGAAUGACCCACAAAACACACAAAUGAACAAAAUGGAAAGGCCCGAGUAACCGAGACUGAAGGAAUAUAAAUCCUACUUAGAUCUGCUGCUAACUGGAAGAUACCCAUCAUAGAUACUGUGCCAGACCUUUGGUUAAAUAGCAGACAGCACUGCACCAGAAUGUAGCCGAAUGUGUUAAUGCUGUACCUGAAGACAACACCAAAGUGGCUCACCAUAGGAACAACUGUUCUACUUCCAAAAUAAGCGCAACCUAGAGAACCCAAAAAUGACUGCCCCAUCAUCUGCCUCUCUACCACAUUCAAGCUGUUUACAGCAGUAGAUGCUGAAAGAGUAAACAGUCAUGUGGAUAAAAUAAUAAUAAUAAUAAUGGAAACAGUGCAAGAGGGAAACAAAAAAAAUGUCAAACAGAACCAAUGUUCAGUUAUUGUUAAAUAAAGUCAUUUUGGAGUUUUGAAAGAAGGCCUGAAACCUGAGUGUGGCUGAGUGGACCAUAUAUUUGAACUGUACAAAAUCCAAGUCCUCACAAAGUUCAUAUCCACCACUAGCAUCAUUGGGAGACAGCUGUGCAGCUCCACCAGCACAAAGAACACAUCACAAUCCCAAAUAUACAAGAAGCAAGAGGAUUGUUAUAGGGUCACUCGUUCUGUAUAGGAAAGACGCACUGGUUUCUGAUUACAUCUGGUUAUUGCUCAAAAUAUGGAGCUGAUAAACUGGGAUAUUAUGUACUGGUCGCAAGCUGGUUUUAUGAUUUGGUGAAUAAAAUUGUAGGACACUGUCACACACCGUGCACUUCUG